UAAAACUCAAUAUUGCAUUCCAAUUAAUUCUUGCCAGAAUAUCCGGCUUCUUUCAAUCCUGCAACGAACAGCGACGGAAUUGGGUUACUGGCGUUAAACACUUUGCUAGCAGGUAACUUUAACAGCGUCGAUAGAGAAGCAAAGACAUGAAACCUAAAGACAACACGGUGAGGGUAGAAAACUCUCGAAUCGGACAAUACGCCCAAGAACCCUCGCAGCAUUCUCCAACACCUAGUCAAGCUAAACAAAGCUCUGUUGCCAUUGAAAACCAAACACUCCGGGAAAAAAUCUAUCCUGACAUGAAAGCAAGCGCUAGAAAACGUAAAACCCUAAUUGAGUGGAUUAGAAAGUACUUAUUAGAAGGGCAGGCUUUGACAGCCACUCAAACCCAGGCCCUUGAAGCGCUUUGCGCCGAUGCUCCAUGGUACGAAAAGCUAAUUGUGAAACACCGCCGUCUGGUGGGCGUGGCCAUUCCUUUUACGUUCUUCCAAGUGAUUUGGUGGAGCUGUGCGGUCAAGUACAACUUUUGGAGACUGUUUCCUGACAGAUUUUUCAUGUCCAUAACAAUGAUAUUUGGUUCCAUGAUUGCAGGUAAAAAUAAUGAUUAAUUUUACGAAUGGAAAACAUUGUAUCCUGAUCUUUAUACUUAUAUGGACGAUAGAAAUAGUGUUAUGUAAUGUUCAAAACUCAUGUGGAACUACAAGUAAAGCGAGUGCUUUCCCUGAAAUGUUUUGAACAGUUUGUGGCGUGGUCUAUAAAUAUCUGUACGGGGAAGAAAGUAUUUCAUACAGCUGCAGUUUAUACCCGGGGGGGGGGACUUUCAUAUAAAAAGGACAGGGGGGCUUGUCGGAAAUUUUGAAAAGAACCCCUAUGAGGUACCGAGAUCCUGUUUGUAGGCGUUGCUUGAAUUUUUUUUUUUUUUUCACCCGUAGGAGCUGGCAAUUUUAAAACAACAUAUUAUUUGACACUUCCAUAGUUUUUGAUAGCGAUAGAGAAGAUUGCUUCGAAUACCUUCUACUCAUAAAGUUAAUUGUCAACUAUCUCCUGUCAUAUUUUUUUCAGCUCGAUACCCUACAAGUUACCGCAAAAGCUCUCGCUGUUGACCUCUUGAGGCUGAGCACCCUAUAAGGGGUAUUAAAACUAAGUUUUCAAUCCCUAACGGGUACGACAAGCACCCCCGUUCUUUUUAUAUGGGA